CAACAACAACCACAACAACAACAAAUGGAUCAACAAUAUCAGCAACAGCAAUAUGACCCUUCUCAAUGGAUACAAUUUGAUCCUAAUGUCCACUAUUUCUAUGACGAACAGGGACAAGUACAAUAUUAUGAUCCGAAUACAAACCAAGUUUAUGAUAUGAGUCAAUAUGGCUACGAUCAGCAAACAGCUUAUCAAUAUGAUCCUCAAUAUUCUGAAUAUUAUGCUCAACAACAACAGACUCCGGUUACGAACGCCUAUACGAACAAUCAGCAGCAAUAUGAUCCCAAUGUCUACGCUAUGACUGAACAACAACAGCAGCAGCAACAAUAUGGCGCUAAUGCUAAUGCUUACAGCUCUAAUGAGCAACAACCGCAUUAUGAUUCGAAAGCAUACCAACCCAAUGAGCAGCAGCCAACUUACGAUUCGAGCGCUUAUGCUGGUCAACAGCAGCAAAGGGAACAGCAAAGGGAACAGCAAACAUCUUACCAAAAUUAUGAACCCAAUGCUUACAUUGGAGGGCAACAGAUCCAAGAGCAAGGACACGACUCUCAAGCAUCGGCUACAGCACCUGGAGAUAAACAAGAUGGUGAAGUUAGCUUUGAAAAUGCAAUAAAAGAAGCUCAACAAACAGGUUUUGAAUUCGGUGCGAACGAGCAACAACAACAACUCUACAGUCAAUUUUCAAAUGACAACGGUGACGGCGAACAAGAAGUCCCUCUUUAUGUUCCCUCUACCAACAAUUAUAUGAACGACUACAACACGGGUUUUACGGAGGAAGAACAGCCUGUAUCCUUAACGGCUGUACCAGCUUUGCCGCCGCCAGCUCAACAGCUACAAAGUCUGCAAGAAGAGUCACUGACCUUGUCUGCUGUACCGGUUCCUCCACCUGCUUCAAACCUGAUACAAGCUCAGCAACAACAGGAGACGCAACAGGAGACAAUACUGACAGAUGUUCAAACAUCCUCUGCACAACCACCGUUGAUUCCUUCUCAACAGCCUAAGGAUCUGCAACAUAAGCAGUUCAAACAACCAGAAAAUCCACCUGUCACUUCACCCACCGCGUCCUCCUACGGAUACACACCUUUGGAACGUAGUUCAACUGUGAAUUCAUCUAAGACUUAUUCUGAAAUGGAUCAACGCCGUUUCAGCUCCCCCUUUUCUGUUGCAGGCGGUGCUUCUUCUGGACCUGCCGGCACAGGUAGCUAUCUAUACCCUAUGGAACGUUCUGCUACUGUUCCACCUCCUAUGAUGGAUCGUAUGUCUUCUCCACGGCCUCAAUUGGUACCUUGUCCUGAUCCUAACUGUGACGGAGAGAAUAAGCCCAAGGCUAAAUUCUGUUGUGAAUGUGGUCGACCGCUAGCUGGAAUUUCUCGAUCCACCACUCCAUCCGUAGCAGUUACUGCUGGAGCUCUUGGUGCUGGUAUUUCAUCAAGCAAUGUAUUUGGUAUGGAACCUAUCAAUCCCAUUUCUCUAGGUCAAAUAGCUGAGCAAGUAAGACGCAGUGCAUUGGACGAUAAGAAGGACAUGUUGAAAGAAAGCCUGGAGAAUUUCUCAAAACAUUCUGUCAUUGUUCACUCUACUGAUCUUGAUGAUGAAGAAAAGCGUAAGAAAGCUUUAGCCUUUAUGAAGGAUCGCAUGGAUAAAUUCGAGGACAAAACAAAAGUUUUGCUGUGGAGCAUUGUCAAAUUGAUGUUGGAGUACUCUGACUGCAGCUUAGGGGAUGGCGGCGCUUUGGAUAAAGCUAUUAUAGCCGAAAUCCUUCCUCAGGUAGACUUGGAACAGGAAACACUAGUUGAGGUUCCUAAAAAUACCGUUGCCUCAGAGCGUCCCUUGGACAUAAUCAAUAAGAACGAAAACGAUGAAGGCACAAAAGCGCUCACCGCUAUUGGAGAAACUGCAGUUGUUUUGAAAGAUGAACCAGAAAUUAAGGAUGCAAUUGCAUCGGAAAAUAUUGAAAAGAAGGAUGAAAAGAAGGAUGAAAAAGCUGACUAUGAAAACGAACCAACAGUGGAUGAUGAUGCAGCCAAGCAAACCGACAGUUUUGAAGAGGUCAAUAUAGCAUCGAAGGAUGUUGCUGAAAUGGAAGCAAAUAACUAUACCUCUCAUGAAGCCUCAAUGAAUUCUGCUGUAAAAAGGAAUGAUAUUGAUGAUUUGGAGAAAUUAUUGCUUCAAGGUGAUCGUGCGGGUGCCUGUUCGUAUGCCUCCAAAAAGAAUUUAUGGGCACAUGCUUUCUCUAUUGCCUCAGGUGAUAGUGGGUUAUUGAAAAGUACAGUCACUCGCUUCAUCCAUCAGGAACUCUAUGCCAACUCUACCGAAUCCGUUCUUUACUCAACUUUUGAACAUAAGCAAUUACGUAUGUUGUAUUCAGUAUUUGCUGGCAACGGUACUGACGCAGUGGCAGACUUUGUUAAACAGAAAGAGGGAGAUACACCCGACUAUUCAGCCGAAAAUCUAAAAGGAUGGAAACGUGCCUUGGUUCUGAUUUUAGCUAAUCGAAGUGACAAUGAUCAAGCAGUCAUUGCUAACCUGGGUGAUAAGCUACAGCAAAUAGGAUCUUGCGAUAAUGAUGCACGCUUAUGUUACUUCUUAUCACCUGACGUGGCAGCAUUACAUAGUGAUAAGAUUGUAGGUGAUAAUUUAUACACCGAUUUGGAUGCGCUGUACCUUGCCGAGUUGUACGAAUUUGCGUCAAAGGCUAAUGUCCAACAGGAUUUCAAGCUGGCUCUUGCAUGGUGGUUAUCCGAAUUUGGUAUGAAGGAUGAAUCUCAAAAAUACUGCAACUCCAUUGUAAAUUACCUUAGCACUUCUGCCGACACGAGCUCUAUGUUGGAAAGAUUAAAACAACUGGGCGAUAUAACACACGUCACCAUUGAUGGCGAGAGUGCUACGGCUUUCUUGAAUAAGGAAACCUUUGAUGCCUUGAUUGAUUCAAUUGAAAGCAAUUAUAACAAUAGUCAGAAGAAUGAUAAUACUUACUUGCCUGGUUACGGAUAUGAGGCGCAAGCGACAGAUUAUGGUCAACCAUAUGGCUACUCUGAACAAGCCGUGGACCAACAAGAUAGCGCCCUUCAACAAAAUACGUACAACUACGGAUACAGUUAUGCAGAUGGUUACACAAUAUCGAACGAUAAUGGCGACAUUCCUGCAGAGGCCGCAACAGGGCCAUCUUCAGCCGCUGCCGGUGCUGUUGCACCUGCGGUGAAAGCAAUCAAAUCGCCUUUCCAAAAUACAACAGAAGCUAAGCCUAUUAAAUCACCUUUACAACAAGCGAAUGUCAAUCCCGUAUCAUCACCAUUUGGUAUGCAGCAGAAUGCUGUUCGCUCACCAUUUGGACAGCAACAGCCAUCGGCGUCACCUUUUCAAUCUUAUCAGCCUGAUGUGCCUGCUGACCAAGGUCAACAAAAUAAUAGUAGUGGAGGAUGGUGGAACUCAGACGCCGGUCAAGAAAACAUUGAAGAUUUACAAGCUGGAAAUAAUACCACUGCAGCAACUACUUCUAUGUACGAACCUAGUAGCACUACAAUGUAUCAGCCUAACGCCUACACACCAUCUGCUACGGCUACGAAUCCCCAGCAAUCUGCAGGAGGAACUAACGCUUUUGAUGAAGAUGAUGACGACUUAGGUUUUGGUAAUAGUAGCACCAAGAAGGCAGCAAAAUUUGCAGCAGAUAGUACAGCUGACAACAGCAAUGAUAAUGAUACCAAUAAGAAGGAAAAUGAUGAAAAGGCUGCUGACAGUAAAAAGGAAAAUGAACGAAAAGAAAAAUCUGGUUGGGGUUUAUUCUCUCUAUUCGGUAGCGGUAAGAAAGAUAAAGAAUCAUCUGAUGAGAAGAAACCUGUCAAGGCCAAUUUAGGUGAACAAAGUACCUUCUAUUAUGAUGAGAAGGAAAAGCGAUGGGUCAAUAAACUUAAUGAUAGUAAGCCUGCUUCUGCUCCUUUGCCACCACCACCCAAGGCUAGUACACCACAACCUACUGUAGCAUCACCUAUGGCACCUCCACCAAGUGCUGCUAAGCCUAACAGCAUGCCACCCUCUCGUAGUCAAUCAGCGUUGAGCGGUCCUCCUGGGUUUGCUGGCGGCUCAUCUGGCGCAGUACCACCUCCUUCAAUUAGCACGCCACCUUCUGGACGAAGAGCAGGAGGAUCUAGAAAACCCAUGCGUUCCCGUUACGUAGACGUACUCAAUAAUUCCACUUAAAAGAAACCAUAUACAUAUACUAACUGCCAUUUUAUGGAUACACAUAAUUUUUGUUUUCUCUUUUUUUUACUUUUUCUUAAAUAACAAUAACAGA